AUGAGCUCCAGCGAGAUUCCUGUUCUACCGCCACCCCCGACCGUUGAGGAACUGAACAAGACCUUUGGCGUGCUCCUCAUCGGUUUCAUCUUCGCCGUGACGCUCUAUGGGUUGACCUUCUUCCAGACUUACAUCUACUACUCGCGUUUCCCUUCCGACAGCAGGCUUUCGAAGUAUACGAUCGGUCUAAUAUGGGCGGUGGACACUGCAACGACCACAUUGCUGUCCCAUACCCUAUACUAUUAUUUGAUCACCAGUUUCAUGGCACCGUUUGACACGCUUAACAUCACCAAGACUUUCAUUUCAGAAAACGCACUUGCGGCAUUUGGCAUAUUCUUGACCCAGUGCUUCUAUGCGAGCCGUAUAUAUUCAAUAAAUGGGGAGAACCCUGUUCUUCCUACACUGGCCGCUGUGCUUGCCACCGCAAACCUCGCGCUCGGAAUCGCGUCAUCAGCGGAGAUUUCUGACCAGCCAUUAUUCUACAACUUCGUUAACCACACUAUCAAGGUCCUCACGGGCGUUCAAUAUGGGUUAAGCACUCUCUGCGAUCUCAUCAUUGUUGGCGCGCUCUUCUACUAUCUCCAGCGAGAAAGGUUCCCUGGUUUGAAGGUCGCCCAGGGCUGGUAUGAAUAUGUCGCCGUUUGCUUCAUCAACCGCGGGACGUGCUUCACUCUCCUUCAAUUUGUUUCACUCGUCCUGUUCGUCGCCGCACCCACGCAGCAAGUCUGGAUCCUCUUCCACUUCGUGACGAGCAAGGCUUACAUCAAUAGUCUGUUGCUCAUGCUUAACUUCCGCAACGUACACCGUGGAAAAGGUGUCGAAGAAGAGGCAAGCAUGAACCUACACGACCUCAAGAGCGGCCGCACAAGCAGCGGGCAUGGCACUCGGGGCGAGACUUCACGCAGCGUGCAAUUUGGCGUUGUUGAUACUGAGAGCAAGGGUGCUGCCAUGACUAUUGGUCUCGACACUAUUCGAUCUGGUACGGCGAUGGAUGACGAUGUGAGCGACAAGCACAUCGGUACUGGCAGCAACCAUUCAGUGAUUGAUAUUCAGUGA